AUGGAAAAGUUUGACAAACCUCCGUUCUCUUACAGCUGUUUGAUAGCUAUGGCUCUUAGAAACUCUGAAAAUGGUUUCCUACCUGUCAGCGAGAUAUAUAGCUACAUAAUAGACAAGUUUCCAUACUUCAAGACUGCUCCAGACGGAUGGAAGAACUCGAUCCGUCACAAUCUCUCCCUAAAUAAAUGUUUUCAAAAAUUGGAGACGCCUUCGUUGAAUGGGGCGACUAGAAAGGCCUGUCUCUGGGGACUCAACGAGGCCAAAGUCUCUAGACUGAAUGACGAAAUCUCCAAGUGGAUCAAGAAGGGAAAUGAUUCCAAUAGUGGUUGGGCUAUGUGCAUGUUUGCGUGUGUGUGUGCGUGUGUGCGUGAGUGGUCUCCUUACCUACGUGCAUGUUUGUACGUGUGUGUGAGUAUUUUUGCUGGUGUGAGUAUUUGUGCGUACGUUUACGAGUGUGUUGUGUACUGA